AUGCUCGUAAGGGACGUCUUCGUUGAGCUGCGCUCGAGGCUGCGCAGUUGCAACGUGUUCAUAACCACGGGCGCCAAGCUGAACGACAACUGCAACUUGAAAAUCAACAUACAGCCCGGCUGCAUCACGCUGAACUACUACGAGGGUCUGGGGCAGCGGCGUGGCAGCCUCUCCUCGAUCGAGAGCCUCUCCGACUGCUGCUCAGAAGAAGAAGAAUGCUCGGACAGCGCUUCCAUAGCGUUCGACGGGCACUGUCAGCUCAUACCCAACUCGAUGUCCUGCUUGAAAAUCGGCGGCGGCACGAUAUCCUUCCGUAUACUGACGCGUCCCAAAGGCGGCGAUUUCUUCACGGAGCUCGUGCCGGCGGGCGGACCUUCGGAGACGCUGGAGUCCAAAGAACCCAAAGUUUGCGUCGAACCGGGCCGCGACACUGCGUUCUCGUGCGCGAACUGCUCCAACAAAGUGACCGAAGGCCGCGUCAAGUUCGACAGGGUGCUGGAAUUGCCCACGACAAGCUUGGACGCUUCGGAGUGGUUCUGUCACGGACACGACGCGGUGGGCACGUGCGAUCUCGCACCUAAGCCGAAGAGCGCCGACUUCCUUUACCGGCUGACGCACUUCGUCGUGAACGCGACAGCCCUAUCGCCGAAGACGAACCGCUUCAACGCCAAGCGUGAGGUCUACCACUGCGAGCGGUGUCUCGCCUGGCUGGGAGUGAAAGAGAGGGACGGCGUGAAACUGUUCAAUUGCGAGCUGAUGCUGCAUCAAGACGAUUGGUGCGGCCGCGUCUUCCUGCACGGCUUCCAGACGGCGGACUGCGUGGUCGACGACUUUGUUUAUACCAUUGAGCGCCUCACCCGCGAGGCGAACUUGGGACUGCAGUACAGUGUGAUGUGCAGGAUCGUGCUCGAGUGCGCCUUCGCCAGCGCGAGCAAACGCUACCUGCUGGUCUGGGUGAUGGACAGACGACUCGAGGUGCUGAGGAGGAAGGACAGCGUCGACGGCAGGGUGUCGCUGCAGUCGAGCUUCCUGACGAAGAUCCUGUACAGGGUCGAGGGCUCGCUCAACGAGGAAGUGGAGAGCUGGCUAGCGGACCCAGCGGUGGUCUCAGCGGACAUCUCCAAGGCGAUGUUCUGCCGCGGCGUUGAACAUCUGCGCUCCACCUCGCAGAAGGUGCCCGAAUCCUUCCGCAGCGCUAACGGCUUCAGCGUCAGUUACCUCAAAGUC